UCUCGAACAGAGUGCGGUUACCAUGCGGCGGGGCUUCUUUUCCACCUGCCGCCAGCUUCAGCAUGAAAACCCAUUAGGACUGCCCAGGUCUGGGACACCACCAACAUUUCAAAGUCGUCGUGGACUGCCCCAGAAACGGAGGAUCAAGGAUGUUAAUAAGGUCGUUGCUGUAUCAUCGGCAAAAGGAGGAGUCGGGAAAUCUACAAUUGCAGUGAAUAUUGCGUUGUCACUGGCAAGACGAGGAUUCCGGACUGGAAUUCUCGACACAGAUAUAUUUGGACCAUCUAUACCUACUCUUCUCAAUCUAUCUGGAGAACCGCGGCUUGACGGGAAUAACUGCCUCAUCCCGUUGACCAAUUAUGGCCUGAAAUCGAUGUCUAUGGGAUAUUUGCUUCCAUCCCCGCCUGAAGAUGCGAGACAUUUGACGGAUGACCCUAGCUCGCCGCUCAUGGAUACCACUCCCAUAUCCUGGAGAGGACUCAUGGUCAGCAAGGCGAUGAACCAGCUUCUCCACUCUGUCUCAUGGGGUCCGCUAGAUGUGCUCAUACUAGACCUUCCGCCGGGAACAGGAGAUGUGCAGCUUACCAUCAACCAGGAGGUAGUUGUUGAUGGCGCUGUCAUAGUGUCUACACCGCAAGAUAUUGCUCUACGUGACGCAGUUCGAGGAUUUGGCUUGUUUGAAAAGAUGAAUGUCCCUGUAUUAGGAAUGAUACGGAACAUGGCUUAUUUUGCUUGCCCGCAUUGUGGAAAGCAAACUAAGAUAUUCUCACGAUCGAACUACCAUGCCGCGGGAAAUGAAGGACACCAGCCCAAUCAUGGUGAGAAUACCGGAGUUGUUGCGGCCUGUAAACGCCUUGGUAUUGAUUUUCUGGGAGACAUCCCUCUUGAUGCGCGCGUCUGUGAAGAUGCAGAUAGAGGUAUGCCAACUGUCGUGGCUGAAGAAAGUGACGAUAGAAGCGCUCGCCGGAAUGCUUUCUUGGAUGUAUCGAAGAAAGUUGCGGAAAAAGUUGGACUCGAGUGGUGA